AUGGGCUGCACAGGUUCAGGAUAUUACACGCUAGGUGCUAGUGCUGUUUCAGUUCUGUCUUCUGAUCGCAGCAUCAUUUCCUCCUUGGUUCUUCAUGUAGCCUAACGGCAAUAGCACGCAGUCUGUCAAAAGCGCAGACACGAAACUUUGCGUUGGCGGCGAACAAUGCUCUAAAAUGGGGAUCCUCGGGAGCGUACAUGUACAAAUAGAGGGAACACUCAAGGAUGCCUCGUUGCAUAAUCAAUAUCGGAUACCUGAGCGGUGAAUAGUGCUUAAUUUGAAUGAUAGGCAAACCGGCAUAGUGAAGUUCGCUAUUUUCUGGACCCAAUGGAGACGCCGUCCCCAAAUGUCAGGCGUCAUGCCUGGGUGCACAGCAGCUGGCUUACCCUGGAGGAGACGGAACAUCAGACCCCGUACCCAGCAACCACAGACCUGCACCUGUCCACCCAGGAGGAUGAUGUUUUUUUGGGAGUUUCCACAGGAUGUGCUACAGGAAAGAUUGAAACCUGGCUUCAAGGUUGUGGGCCAGCCACUGGACUAGAGGAGGCGAGAGCUGACCCUGCUCACUUAACUUUGGAGUCUUUACUGAAAACAUGUAACAGUUUUGAAGAUGACCUGAGUCUAGGAGCUGAGGCCACUGUGUUGCAUGAUGUGGCCAGACCAUCAGUGGGGUGCCGUCCUGUGCUCCUGCCCCCUCCAAAAUCACGUCAGAAAAAAUUUACCACGAGCACACCGCAGCAGAGGCUUAGUCUUCCACUCUUUAAUAUGGGCCAGAGCAUGGCCUCCAGCUGCCUGUCCUCCACCACCAGUAAAACGGCCUCAAGUAUCUCGGAGGUUCUUCAGAUGUGCACAGAGGAUGCGGAGGAAACGCUGUACCAGCUGGGCUUUGGCUGUGAUGAGCCCCAGGUCACGGCGCGGAUUCCUUCCCGUUUCUUCAACUUCCCCUCCCAACUGCGCGGCAUCAAUUUCCGCCUCUUCUUGGAGUCACAGCUCCGUCGGGUCAGUCAAGAGGACCCAAACCUGUCACUUGCUAGUCGUUUCAGGCAAGUGGAGGUGCUGACAGCGAUGGCCAAUGCCUUUUACUCCCUUUAUUCCCAUGUGUCCAGGACUCCCCUCCAGAAACUCGCGCCCCCCGAAUUCAGCUUUUCCCCUGCGGCUGAAAAGCGGAUCGGGGUGCGCUUCUUCGGCAGUGUCCGCAGCGAGCCUCGCUCACCCGUGGAGAGGCUCAAGGACACCGUUUCGAAAAUGUGCCUCUUUGCUGGCUCUCGUACCUCCGACUCCACAUCACCACACAACUCACCCAGGAAGCGGGGCAGUAUCCCCGAAAUACCGACCCAGUUGAUAAACACAGACACAAAGGCUCCAGGACACUCAGAACUUGAAGGGGGAAACUGUGCAGGGCUUGCAGAAAACAAUAUGGGACAUGUCACUAAAGUAAACCCUAAUAUAGAAAGAGGAGCAGGCAAGGGAUCAGAAAGGAGGACUUCUGAGGAUAUGACUCCUCAAACAGGUCUUGACAGCACUGAGCACUCAAGCACAUUGUUAUCAGGUUCAAGGAAGAUCUCUCAAGACUCGGUUAAUAACUGCAGGGUGAGGCUCACAUUUUCUGAUCCUGGCCAAAACCAGAGUGCUGUUGAUGACGCAAACAUUCCAGAAAAUUCCAAAAGGCCAGUAACCCUCAACCUCCAGUCGCAUGCCUUGUUUCAGGCUCCCAUGGCCCUUGUGCCUAAGGUGACUCAUGACAUUAUCUGCCCUCCGAUUGUAGAGGAGGUGCACCAAGCACCUUACUGCAGUCCACUGGACUUCAAAACCUCAGUGCCCCAUAAGUGCUUUGGAGGACAGCCAAUUUCAGACAUCUCCAUCACAACUUCACCCUCAGAACUGAACGAACAGACAGUUCAUUGCAACUUACAAGAAGGUGAACCCACAAAUAUCCCUAAAACCUGUUCUGAACGUCAUUCGGUGGAUGGCGAGCCGUCUGCACCAUCAUCUCAUCCCAGCAGGAGCAGUCAUGUGUCCCCAUGUCAGAUACUGGUGACAGGCUGGGAAGGUGAAGCCAUGCACGGGGACACAGCAGAAGAUCCUCCCUUCAGUGCCGUCUCUGCUCAAUCUCAGACACUGCUCUCAAACCGGAGGUACCUAAGCCCCCUCAAGGGUGCAGAGCAGGCUCGACUCAUCCACGAACCCAAGCACGCCAAUUCCUUUGAACUAGAAGAGGUUCACAGUGCUGGGGAAGAUGAUGUUGGACAAUCCGACCUCGGGACACGUGCCUCCUUAUCCCUCCCGGCUAUUGGUCAGAACAAUAGCUUGCCGAGGGGGGAGAGUUUCCAGUCAGACAGCAGUGGCUAUGCCGAGGAUGACUUGCACCUUCUGGCUUAGGAAUCCUCUCAACCAGAUUGUCCCUCUGUUUCAUGAAUGGGCCUGUGUGUACUGUAACAACACGUUACUAGCUUUUAAGUGUACUUCAAACCUUGACCUCUGCAGAGAAUUUACAUGUAAGCGUAAUUUAUUUGUAAAGUAUACAAAUUAGGCCACAAUGGGCAUUGUUUAUGCACUGUUUAUCAAGCAGAGGACUAGGAUACUGUAAUAUUUGCAUUGCCAUUGUCUUGACCUUUACAAGUAGAAGAGGAUCAGGAUGAUGAAUUUUUUGAUUGCUUAAACACAAAAAUGUGAAGAAACCCAGCUUGUGAAUUUUUAAACUCAAACCACUACACAGUUGUUUGUGAAACAUUAAACACACGUCCCUACUUUAGAUACAGAAAUCUAACAAAAUGCCACUUCUUUGCCAUUUCAAGAUACUGCCUUUCAGAACUCACCUUUCAGACCUAAGCACCGUCUUAAACAGAAAUGAAAGUAGCCAACAUUGCAGUGAGAGGAAGAAUUGGGAUGACAGGGGGUGCCCAUAGCAGUAGAUGGGUAGGGAGUAAUCGGAGUACCCAGAAGCCCAUAGCAGUAUGGGUAGUUAGUAAUCUGGGUACCCAGAAGCCCAUAGCAGUAUGGGUAGUUAGUAAUCUGGGUACCCAGAAGCUCGCAUGCUGAACCAACAGGUAGGGAGAGGAAAAUGAUUGUGGAGGUAGGUGCUGGAAGCACUUUCACUGUAGUACGUUCUCUUUAGAAUGUUCUGCUACGGUUUCAUUUGGCAAAGCAUCUGCAGCAUUCUGAUACUCUUGUCUAGGGUUGUGUUAAUGGUGUGUAGUGUUUUGAAACAAGUGGGCUUGGUUUUCAAAAUUGUGCUGAAACAAUCAAAACAAAAACCUGAAGACUUGCAAAGAGGCUGCUUUGUUUUCGCAUGGCCUUACAGUGUUGCGUAUGUGUAUGGCCGCUACUCUAUGGCCCAUACACGUGGCACGGGUGUAGUUACCUGCGGCAUCAUUUGAGAGAGUUCCAGUGUGCUGGUUUCCUGGCUAAGCUCUCAUUAACAAAUACAGGGUCCAUGGAAACCUGCAUGUUGCACUAAAUUAUGUGUAUAUAGUUUUCCAUUUGAGUGUGUGAUAUGUUUAAUAACGCAAUGGCUAGCCACAGUCCUGUGCUUGUGACGAUACUGUAGUGCACGCUAUCUGAACUCGAGAAACAGGGACAGUGACACUGCAGAUCCUUUGUGAUGUGAGCUGAGCCAGCUGAAUGCAUUCCCUCGACUGCAAAUUACCGUCAUCUUUCCUGCCUUUCAAAAAUGCUACUGAAAGUCCUUUGUGUUGUGUAUGAUGUGUUGAUUUAAAAAUAAAUUGCAUUAAUUUAUAUUACAGAGAACUUACUUGCAUCAAGCACACAUUAAAUCAAGAGAAGUGUAUUUAAAAGACUUUAUUAAAUUUAUUUUUUGAAAAUGUUGUAAAGCAGACAGGUGUUAGACUGCUAUAAUGUAUUACAGUAAAUAAAAUCCAACAAAACAUUA